AUGCUAGAAUUCCGCACACAAGGCUUCCAGGGCUACGCAGUCAAAUAUUCCCCCUUCUUUGAUAAUCGCAUAGCUGUCGCUGCUGCAGCAAAUUAUGGUCUAGUGGGAAACGGACGGCUAUAUGCGCUGGAGCUGACAGCUCAAGGCAUUGUGCCUCUCAAAGUCUACCCUACACAAGAUGCCCUCUACGAUGUAACCCACUCCGAAGCCCAUAGCUCCCAUCUCCUCACGGCCUCUGGCGAUGGCUCAUUACGGCUCUACGACACCUCCCUCGCACCGGAAUUUCCCAUUGCUAAAUUUGAAGAACAUUCGCGAGAAGCUUUCUCCUGCAGCUGGAAUCUCACAUCAAAGGCGACCUUUGCUUCGUCGUCAUGGGACGGCACUGUCAAGAUAUGGAGUCCGGAACGCCAGCAGAGCUUGCUAACACUCCCCACCCAUUCCUGCACGUACAGCGUCCAAUGGAGUCCUCACACCGAUGGGAUGCUGAGCGCAGUGUGUUCCGACAGUCACCUCCGGGUGUGGGAUUUGAGAACACCCGCCAGUGCUAGUAACCAUCUCAUAUUACAAAUCCCUAUUCAUGCGGCUCCCCUGUCCGCGGGGGCUGCGGUUGGGAAGAUCCAACCGACCUUUCCACCUGCUGAAGCCCUCACUCACGAUUGGAAUAAAUAUCGCGGCACCGUCGUCGCCGCUGCCGGGGUUGACCGUAUCAUUCGAACAUUUGAUAUCCGUCAGCCCAAGGGCCCCCUUCAUAUGUUGCAGGGACACAGCUACGCGGUGCGGAAGGUUGCAUGGAGUCCACACCUUCCCGAUCUCCUCCUCAGCGCCAGCUAUGAUAUGACAUGUCGUGUCUGGACAGACGGAGGGGAGCAAGGAGGUCCCGCCAGAGAGCUUGGUAGUAUGGGUCGUCAUACCGAGUUCGUGACUGGCGUGGAUUGGUGCUUGUUCGGCAGUGAGGGGUGGGCGGCCAGCUGUGGUUGGGAUGAACUCCUCUGUGUCUGGGAUGUGCGGACAGUCAUGCGCCCGUGA